CGGCUGCAAAAUCUCUGAAGUAAUCAUUGCGAAGCCCAUACUCUCGUCACGUCAACCAAAUCCAAUCAACCAAAGAUGGGCCUCAGCCCCUCAAAGCGCGUGGACGCGGCGCUCCGGCGGGCGCCGGCGUUCGCCGCCGCCUGCGACGCCGCCUUCGACCGCUGCCUCGCCGACGCCCAGCACGCCUUCUCCGGCGUCCGCCCCUACCAGCUUGCGGACGCGUCCGAGCACCUCCACUCGGCCCUGCGGGGCUCCCUCCCUAUCGUCCGCCGCUGGGUGCCCUCGCCGCCGCCGCGCGUGCGCGUAGACUCUGCGCUGCGCGCCUCUGGCUUGGAAGGCGCUGCCGAGCUCUCGCGGGAUCAGUUCGGGGAGUUCGCGGCCGAGCUGUUCAGGGAGGCCGUGCUCGCCGGCGCGGCAGAGGCGGCGCUCGUCCGUGCCCCGGCCGGCGCGGCCGGGAUCCUCGGGGUGGCCAUCGUGUCCCGCGCCGGCGCCGGGGCGGCUGGGAAGUUGGUCGCUGUCUACACCGCCGGCGUCGCCGCUGCUGUUUACCUCAGCUUGGGCUAGGCCUUUGUUAAGUUGUAAAUCAGCACAAUAAA